AUGGAUACUUUCGAGGCAUACGAGACCAACAAUCGUGGGAUGCAUAACGAAUUCGCCCGUUAUCUCGGUUGCAACCCUUCAGAACCAGAGUCCCCGAUGUCAAAUACCAGCAUGGAGGGCAUUACAUUUGGGAACGGUGGUAAUAAUGAUCAAGAAGACUCUUUUGGUCAUACCCAUUUCGAGGUCUUGAACCGACUUCUCGAGUUAUACAGGGUCCAGCCGGAUGCAAGUGACUUCACUGGCAAAUUGCUGAAGUUUUCCGACAAGCUUGAGAUUCCCGAGCUGAAUGGAGAGAUCCUGAGAGAAAAUGGGCAGUCAAAGGACCGUCAUCGCGAGAUCUUCAAGGCCCAUGCACAGUUGUUUGAGGACGAAGCAAACUACCGCCUUUGCCAGCACGUCCAGGAGCAUGGACCUGCUAGUAUCUACUGGAGAGCCUUCCGCGAGUACUUCACUGGCCUGUCCUACCAGGCUAUAAACGAAGUCCCCUUCAUGUCUACUGCAGAGAGAAACUUGGUCAUCAGAGCUACCGGGAGCUACCCUGAGGACGCUAUGUCAUUCUUUACUAGCAUGACGAGGAACCGCCUUACAUAUCUCAUGGUAAAGGAGAUGUCGGACCUGUUCUUCUUUCGAAUCAGAGCUCUGGCUGGACGCGAGAUUGACCUCGAUAUGGAGAGAGAGAUGGCCCACAUGGCCAACUGGGCUGAACACCAGUAA